AUGGAGACUACGAUCUCUUUGCCUUCGCCUGCUCGUCUGCCUAAGACGUGUAGAUAUUGGCCUGGGUAUGAAGAUGCAACUCCAGCAGUUACCGUCGCAGACUCGGUCGACGAGAACGAGGAAGCUGAGCGAAUAGCGGAAAACUCACCACCUUCUCAAACAGAGGCAGAGACCACUGAACGAACCGACAACACAAUUCUAGGCGCUGUUCGAAUCCCACAAAGUAAGGCACCAGAUCAUUUCGAUUCAAACGCCGAAAUUAUCGCCUGUAUCAGAGCCGAAGUACGCGACUCUGGAGACUUCAAGACAAGGAUGAAGCAUUUCGGUAGCAGGCUCAAUAUUGGGUUAUACCAAGCCCGUUGUGCUCUUUUCCUAGUCACGUCUAUCCUCGAAAUCAUUGCGAAGUACGGUCUCAAUGAAAACCAGUUUUUAAAGGCCGCAAUAACUCCACCAGGUACAAAGGACAUUGAGGGCCUAACGUUGACUUAUGACCAAAGGAUUGCACUCGAUGCUGUCGUUCAGCGCUUCACUUCCUUAUCUGAACUUAUGCCUAUCUCGCGCUUCUUCGAGUUAAUUACGCACCACAGGAAAGACAUCUGGCCAGUCAUCUAUAACAUGGGCAGGUGGCAAACGUACGAUUUGUUUGGCCAGCGAUGCAUCAAUGCCCACGAAUAUUUGAAUGGAGUGGAUCAUCCAGAGGGUUUUGUCGGCUCGAUCUUUUACCACAUGAGUGUGUUUCCGCGACUAGAGGUCGAAUUACGCAGCCUUAUAGAGGUCAUGGAGGACUUUAUCCCCGAUGUGGAGGACGUAUGGGAAUUCAACUUCAUACAGCCCAACCAAGAGUCAAGAAUUGGCUGGGUGGUGGAAGCGUACGGCCAAAAGAUGAUACCUCGAAACCGCACCCCCCCUUUCUCGCCGUCAUCUACCCAAACAAAUAGCGGUGGAGAAGGGGAUGCUGACAAGUAUCGAGACCUUGAGGCUCUACUUCAGCUCGAGCCACCUCAGGCCGAUGCCGAUCCUGAAUACGACGACACAUACAAGAGCUCAGAGGAUGCCCUUUGGGCCGCCGAAUGCGAAGCUCGUCAACAGGUCAGUGAACCACCUCAAGUAGGAUGGGCCAUGCGGUUGUUUGCCACUGCGAUGCAAGCUUCUUGGGCGAGAAAACAGCUUGGCAAACUAUGCAGAUUGCUGGAUCAGUGGUAUGAUGAGCAUCCGGAAUGGUAUUGCCAGUACUCGGAGGAGCCCGAGGAGCCUGAGGACCUCAUUGAGUACAGUAAUCAGGUGUAA